AUGCUCAUCCCAUGUAUCCUCUUAUUAUACCACCUCACGGUAGCUACCGCAGCCGCCACGCCCUCGGAGUUAGCACGUUCUACCCACCCCCCAUUUGGCCAAUUAUCUGGUGCAAGGAACCAUAUUCUUCACAAGCCUUCCGGCCCAGCAGCUGCCCCAGCCCACAAUAGGAACUUCCGUCGACAGCGAAUAGUUAGGACAGGAGAAUUCGGAGCAAAUAUCUCCAAAAAACAGCGUCCUGUUCCAGGAAAACUAAAGGUGAAAUCCGACAAUUUCAGCUUCUUCGCUCAGAUAGAUCUAGGUUUUCCAGAGCCUGCAAAUCUAGUAUUAGAUACAUUCUCCAGCCAGUCUAUUGUCAUGGAUAAAAAGGAGGCAGCUAAGAAUGGAGGCCUUCUAAAGCUACCUAAGUUUAAUCGUGAGGAGAUCGUGGUUAGUCUCUAUGGCAGGGAUAUUUUUUAUAGUGAUGGUAGUUGGGCCGUCGAGGAUACAACUUGGUAUGGGAAGAUUAGUAGUCCAGCAUCAGCCGAGCUUGAUAAACCCGCGUCGUUUUAUGGGUACCUUGCAUUGCCGUUAAGGACCGGCAAUUUUAAGAGGAGUGGGAAGGACGGAGUCCUUGCCUUGGCUCGAGAGCAAAGUCAAUAUAGUGUCGAAAUAUGGAACGAAGAAGACCCUUUUGCUCCGAGAGAGGAUUCCCGCCUACCAUGGGGCGCGAAACUUCCUCCUAUAAAUGGGAAAUACCCAUUCUUCACCACUUACCUCAACUGGCGUGAGCCUGAUAAACAAUAUCUCGGUCUUGGUUACUUGGAAGAAAAGGAGCUCGGAGGGAGUAUUGGAACGUUAGAAGUUAUAGGCGCCGACGGAAAAUAUGACGACAUCGAUGACUGGAGAGUUAAACUGCCGGAAGAUGCACUUGAACCCAUAAUAUGGUUAAAAUCCGAAAAUUUAACUUAUGCGGAAAGGCUACAGAGGCUGAAUGACAAAGACUCUACUGUGUUUCUGCUUGAUACUAAAUCAGAAUAUUCAUUCCUCCCACUCGACCAUGCCAUAGCCAUCAACGAGGCUAUGGGCGGGAAGUGUAUACCCAUAGCCAAUUUCUCAGACUUACCCAACCUAAUAACGGGCGAUUACCCAGGCUCUAAUUUCCAAUUUGGCGGGAAUAUUUGCACUAUUCCUUGUCUUCUCAUGGAAGGAAAGACUACAUUCUUCCAGACAAAGCCUAUCACCCUUGACCUACCAUUUGGAUCAGGAUAUAUUAGAAUUGGGUCGGAUGUUUCUUUAGUUGCGUACAACCCGUGGGAAACUAUCUGGCCGGGUAGUCACUGUGAUACUACUAGACCAGGCAACGAAGAAUGCGUCAAUGAGUGUCUAUCAUCAAUCCAACCAGCGCCUAAAAACGGACCAAACUACCCAUCAGCUAGAGCAAAGAGAGGCUCCGGGAAGGAGAACGUUUACGGCCGAACCAUUUGGUCAAAUGUAUUUGCGAAAUGGGAUGUUGAAGGCGGUGCCGUUGAGUUGUGGGAUUAUAAGGGAACUGUUAGGGAUCCACCGUUUGGGGCAUCACAGUCGAUACCCGGAGGAAAGAAGACCGAACCCAAGAAAUGA